AUGUCUUCGACCUGGGACUUCCUCCAAUACAGCCCUGACCUACGCGGCAAAGUUGCGCUGGUAACGGGUGGCUGCACCACCAGCUCCGGCGUCGGGCUUGAGACGGUCAGACUUCUCGCGCUACGCGGCGCAAAGGUCUACAUGGCAGCGCGCACCGAGUCGAAAGCUCGAAAUGCCAUCUCCGAGAUUCUUGCAGACAAUCCUGACGUUCGCAAAGAGCAAAUCGUUUGGGUUGGGCUGAACCUGAGCGACCUGAAGACCGUUGUCGAUGCUGCCAACUACAUCAAGGCUCACGAGUCGCGCCUCGAUAUCGUCGUGAACAACGCCUGCGGAGUCCCUAGUGCCGCAUGCACCGAUGCAGGCUGGGAGCCGAACAUUGCUAUCAGCCACGUCGGCCACUUUACCCUAAAUAAUCUUCUGCUGCCUCUGCUCAAGUCGACCACUUGUACCUCUGACGCCGACGUUCGCAUCGUUGUGGUUUCUUCGGUUGCUCAGUCAAGUAUGCUACCAUCCAAUUACGUACCCAACUUCGCGGGUCCCGACGCCCUCAAAAACCCCAUCCCGUACCGACCCUGGGCUCACCGCUGGCUAUCUCCCCUCUUCAUCCGCCUAGACGUGACGGCCUACGGCGUGACGAAGCUUGCCAAUGCCCUUUAUGCCCAGGAACUUCAAAGGCAUCUCAGCGACGGCGUUCAACAGGAUGCCGAGGACGCCCUUUCUUCACGGUCCAUCAUCGUUACGGCCGUCCACCCUGGUACCGUCCGCACGCCAGGCAUGGCAGAAGUCUUUCAACCAUGGAUUUUGGGUCUGGCGAGCCACUUUGCCGUGACACCCACCGAAGGCGCACAGAAUUUGCUCUUCGCGGCCACAGCGAAUGAAGUGAGAAGCCAGCCGGAGAAGUUCGCGGGCCGGUUUCUGCUCCCCAUCGGACAGGUCGCACCGCUGCACCCCUCGGCGAAGGAUCCGGCCCUCGGAGCCGGGCUGUGGGAGAAUACGCAGCGGCAAGUUAAUACCUAUCUCAAGCAGCACGGACUUGACGAGCUCUUGCCCUGGUAA